GAGGCGGAGUCUCUGUAUUUGCGCUCGCCCUUCCUGCCUUCUCCUUUGCGGCCCUCAGACCACAUCUCUCUCUUUGCGAGGUUCAAAUGGCUUGGCGACUAA